AGAAAUCAAAGGAAGACGAGGACGACGGUUUUAUCACAUGACCAGACCCAGAAACUGAGAAAUAGGUUUGAUAACAAAUGCGUUUAAGUGUGAGUAGUCUAGUACAGUUGUAUAUUUCUUUGUUUAGCUAGCUAACAAAGGAACGCACUUGUAGUUUAAUACACAAAAGCCUUUAAUGCAGGUCAUUUUGUUUGUAUUUACUGUCUAUGAAAGCUAACGUAACUGAAGAAUGGGUGUACAAAUGAACGAGGCCUCGCAACGCUUAGACGAAUGUCUCCUGCGUUUCAUGGACCAGUUGGAGCUACUUGAAGAGAAAAGGGAGCGAUUGAACUCACUCAUCGAGCAGGGCUGGUUCUCGAUCUCCAAAGCUCGAUAUUCCAUGGGAAACAAGCAAGUCUCAACACUACAGUAUGGUAGCGAGAUUGAACCACAAGUUCAUGUUAAUGCCAGGGUCCUGGAGAAUGGAGAGGCAGAGUUUGAUGCACAGAGAGUGGAGUGCCUGAGAUGGAAAUAUUCAGAAAAGGAUCCCAUGCAAGUUGAAGACAUUGGUCCAAAAGAAGAAGGUGUCAGGAGAAGAGGUGUCACUAAACAGGAGGAUCCCAAGGACCAGCCGGUGGCCCCCCAGACAUAUGUUUCCAAGGAAACUAGCCCACCAAACCAAGGAUUGUCCCAUCACCAGGAUCCUCUGAGGUGGUUUGGCAUCUUGGUUCCUCAGAGUCUAAAACAAGCCCAAGCAUCUUUCAAGAAGGUGAUCGAGCUGUCCGCGGAGGUUGCCACUCUGCAGGGCACGGUUUUGGCUACCAGGAAGGAGCUGCAGGCGCUGAUGGGGAACAAACAGGAGGAGACCGCACCCAGACACACAGACGGAAAGACUGACACAGGAUGCAAAACCAUCAGACAGAUGGACGAGGAAAGAGCCUCUGACUCCUGAUCCUCGCUGUGACACGGUGGAGGAGAGGGAAGCCAGAACACUGAUCAGGGGGAAAAUGUUGCAUUCAGUUUUCUAGUGAUUUCUAGUUGGCUUGUUGGCAAAUGUAAUGUUUCAUUGUUUUUUUUUUUGGUUUUUUUUUGGGGGGGGGGGGUGGGGCGUGUUGAUUUAAUGUGCAGUGCUGUUUUGUCAUUAGUUCCUCCACAAAAGGAGAAUGAUUUUAUGUUAAAUGUCAGUGUGCAUUUGAUGCAGUAUUUAUUUUCACAGUUGUAAAAACCAGCAAUUCUCAAGUUUACAAA